AGAUAAACAAUAAAUUGGUUCGGCCUCAAGUGUUUAGUUUGUAAUUUGGCCGGCAACAGCAGUUUUUCUCAUAACGUGUAUGUAAUCAUAGGUGGAAUCAUGUUGUUUCACAAUUGUGUCGGAGUGCUGUUGAUUGUUUUAUCACAACAAAGUGCAGUGUCUGCUGUUGGAACAUCGUGCAGCAAGGACACUGAUUGUGACGUAGAAAACUCUGGGUGUAACAAUAAUGUAUGUGCUUGCAAAUCAGGAUUUAUAGCAGUCAGUGAUAUUUGUGUAAAAGGAACUGGAACUGUUGCAGACAGAGGUCGUCUUUACAAUGACCUUCUAACAUCCUACCAGAAAGAGUUGAUACCGGGUGGGGCAAACGGUGGACCUGUUGUGGUAUUUCACUUUCUUAACAUACAGAGAGUUGUCGCUCUGGAACACGGUAUUUUGACUCUGCAAGUCUGGGAACAUUUGAAAUGGAAUGACCCUAGACUACGAUGGGACAGCGAGGACUAUAAUAUUAGCAUAUUGCAUCUGCCAAGCAGGCAUAUUUGGCAGCCAGAUGUCGUGCUUUCUAACAGCGCAGAGCAGUACACCGGCUUCGCUUCUGGAGAUGUGCAUGUUCACCUCACCAACGACGGGAACGUGACAUUCAUACCGCCGAGAAUCACAAAGUCCGUCUGCCAUUUUGACGACAGUGACUUGUAUGAGAACAACGAAGUCACCUGCACUUUGAAGUACAUGCCCUGGUCACGUGACCUUAACAGUUUGGAUCUUCGGAUUGAUGUUCAGCCCGAAAUAGACCACAAUACAAACCCAAACUGGAAUCUUGUAGAAACAAGUGCUACGAGGCACGUACUCAUGUAUGCCUGUUGUCCAGAUUCGUCGUAUGUAGACGUGGAAUAUACGCUCCAGUUAAAGCGAAUAAAAUAAAAAUGUCAAUUUCAUUUGAACAAUGAUAUCAUUUAUUCUCCACUGCAAAGGUGGUAUUCAAGGUAAUUGUAUAUAUAUUUGUUUAAAUAUGGAUCCAUACCAGGAGAAAUGCAAUAACGAGCAUUAUCUUUGAAUUGCUUUAAUCAUGAGUUAUGACUGACAGAGUGUGUUUAUCUUGGUUCUGAACAAUUCUUCUCGCGGAAAAAUGACUGAAAAUUGUAUAAUUAAAUGAGCAUCUGUUAAGGACCAGUGAAAUUUUAUAACAAAUAUGUAUACUUGGUCUAUUGUGGUAUAUUUGAAGCAAUCAGUGAAACCGAUAAAAGAG